AGGCGCACUGCUGUAGGAACGGUAUCGCGCUUCCGUUAGCAUUGAGAGCUAGCUGGCAGGUCUGGUUGGGGAAGAGGCUGUGCAGGAAGGAGACCUGCGCAGCCAGACAGAUAUCGGUGACUUCAGAUAUCCCCAGUUAAUCCUUGAGCUAACAAUUAUCCCUCCAUGCUGACCAGGAAAGGAAGAUAACGUUAAUAGCUUGGCACUGCCUCCAUCUAAAUUAGCAACCGACCAAGCCAGUUAAGGGGAGACCGCGUUUUGGUUUUGAGGGGCUUCUUCUCUCUCUUCUUCUUUUUUUUUUUUUUUGGCAGUUUUCUUUUUAGGACAUAAAAAGUACCAACUGCAAGCCUCACCUUACGGUCUUUCUAAGUAUGAGGUUGCCGAGUAGCAAACAUUUUGCGACUGAAGGAGAUGGAAAGAAAAUGGACCAACCUCCUCCGUUCAGAAACCCUUUUGUGCACGUCUUGAAAUUCACUCCACUGGAAAAGGCAAAGAUUGGAUUAAUGACGGUGACGCUAUUCCCUAUUCGUCUGCUCAUAGCAGCUUUUAUGAUGCUACUGGCUUGGCCUUUUGCCUUCCUUGCUUCAGUGGGGCGCUCCGAGACCACUGUUGAACCCCAGUGCCUCUGGAGAAGACUGGUGGACAUCAUCCUAAGAGUGAUCAUGCGGAUCAUGUGGUUUGCGGGAGGCUUUCACUGGAUAACUGUGAAAGGGCAAAGAGCUCUGCCUAGAGAAGCACCCAUCAUCACCCUGGCACCCCACUCCUCUUACUUUGAUGCCAUCCCCGUCACAAUGACAAUGUCCUCGAUAGUCAUGAAGGCUGAGAGCAAGGAUAUACCCGUUUGGGGAACUUUGAUAAAAUACAUUCGGCCGGUGUUCGUAUCCCGAUCAGACCAGAACUCAAGAAAGAAGACAGUCGAGGAGAUCAAGCGGAGAGCUCAUUAUGGAGGAGAUUGGCCUCAAGUCAUGAUUUUUCCAGAGGGGACCUGCACCAAUAGAUCCUGCCUCAUUACCUUUAAGCCAGGAGCUUUUAUUCCUGGUGUUCCAGUACAGCCUGUUGUGAUUCGCUACCCCAAUAAACUGGACACAAUCACAUGGACGUGGCAAGGACCAGGAGCUUUUAAAAUCUUGUGGCUGACUCUCUGCCAGUUGCACAACGAAUUUGUGAUAGAGUUCCUUCCCAUUUACACCCCUUCAGAGGAGGAGAAAAGAAAUCCUGCUCUCUUUGCUGUCAAUGUGAGACGAGUCAUGGCCAAAGCCCUUGGGGUACCUAUCACAGAUUAUUCAUUUGAAGACUGCCAGCUGGCGAUGGCAGAGGGCCAGCUGAGGCUGCCGGUCGACACCUGUCUGUUGGAGUUUGCCAAGCUUGUCAGGAGACUGGGGCUGAAACCCCAGAACACCGAGAAGGUUUUGCAGGAAUACGGGAACAGAGCCAGAAAGCUGGAAGGGCAGAAACUUGCCUUGGAAGACUUUGCUCACUUCCUUGAUGUUCCAGUUUCAGAUAUGCUGCGCGACAUGUUUGCUCUUUUUGAUGAGCAUGAAGAUAACAGCAUGGAUAUUAGAGAGUAUGUCAUAGCCUUAUCCGUUGUAUGCAGACCUGCCAAAACUCUGGAAACGAUGAAAUUGGCUUUCAAGAUGUUUGAGGCAGAGGAAGACAGUGCCAUCACAGAGAGCGAGCUGGCAGUUGUGCUGAAGACAGCUUUAGGAGUGACUCACCUCAACGUGUCCCGUCUGUUUACGGCCAUCGACGUCGAUGACACGGGGAAGAUUACAUUUGAUAAGUUCCGAGGUUUUGUGGAGGAGAACCCAGACUUUGCUGAUGACUAUCUUCACACUGGAAGUGUAGGUCCUCAGAGUGGACCUUGUCAGGAACACCACACCCAGACCAAUCCAUCGACUAUAAACCUGCAAGGCACUGCCAACAGCAAAACAGCCAAUGGUAUCUGUCCCGACUUCAGCCCUAAAGACCAGGACAGCUCAGUAGAUGCACUCAUAAAGAAACACAACUGAUAGAGUAGAGGGAGCAGGGCCUCUCCUGGUGAGAGGGAAUUCUGUAAGGGGCAAUAUUGGUUACCUUGUAGUAACUUUUUCACACAGUAAGGGACAACAUUUCAUUAAACGCAAACAUAAAAUGAAGUUUACCCUUUCUUAUUGGUGUUGUAUCCAUGAGGUUCUUUUCAUUUCAGCCUGUAAACAACCUUCUUUUUCCCCAUAGGAAGAAUUGUCGUAAUGCCAAAUACUGGCUUUUUUUGGGAUACGAUGCUUAAAUACUUGAAGGGCAAGCACUUAUUAGGAUUCUUGUGGUCAAUUUUAAUUUAUUUUUACUUGUUCUCCCCUGCCGCUGCAUGUUUUUAACACAAAUUUACCGAGACGCAAACAAUCCCUGGAUUGUAAAGAGAACACAAUUUUUUGUGAAAUCUAUUUUUGUUUUGUUCUUGUAAUGUUUUGUCCAUUUCCUCUCUUUAAUGGUAGCUGCCUUUUGAACUUUUAAAUGAAAAUGCAGAAUAAAUGGGCUCAUGUUAUUUCUGUGAAGAAGGAAGGCCCGGGGGAACCGGUGAGGAAUGGCUGGAAGCACGAAGCUUCAGCAGCCGUAUUGGAGGUUAUCUCGGGUCUCUGAACUUCGACAAUUAUAACUGCUAUGAGUGUGUGUGCGCUCGUAUGCGUGUGUGUGUGUGUGUGUGUGUGUGUAAACACAGUGAUAUGAUUUAGCUCAGGGUUCAGUGACAAAAAUGGAAAAAUUAACAAUGAUGUCAUGGUUUUUGACUAUUUUUAGGUUACAUGCAUGUAAACUGUUCUUCGCAACUGAUCUCUUGUGCUUGUCGCUUCAUAGUUUCAUACAGUUUUGGUUAUUUCAAUGUUUUGUUUCAUUUGAUAACACACAACUUGGACCAAAAUGCAUUGGGUGAAAAAAUUAAGCACCUUUUUUUUGUUUGUGUUUUUGUUUGCCUUUCAUGUAGGCAUGGGCCGGUAGGAGAUUCUCAAAAUAUACCAAAGUCAUAUUGAAAAGUUAAAAAGAAAAAAAAAUGAACUCAUCAAAUAGUUUUUGUUUUUUUGUUUUGAAAGCAUUUUAAGGAGAGGACUGUAUUACGCCCCUUGCCCCACAAAGCUGGAGGAAACUAUGGCUAACUAAAACAAGUUUGAAUGCUAAGAGAUGUUUUCUUUCUCAUUCCGAAGCCAUAAUAUUUUAAGCAUUGGUAUAUCUUGAAACAUAGUAACCGGCACAUGCCUACCCAGUCUUGUAACCGGUUGAAAGGGAUCAAAUUAUGGCAUCCGACCAGUGAAAGCAAACAAUCACCAAAAUUGUUGGCACUUUCUUCUCAGUGUUACAUUGUUAAAAGAAAACAUUGGAGCCACUUUUUGAUACAGUCACAAUUUUCUGAGUUCUUGUAAUUUUUUUUUUUAUUAUUUCCAGUCAAAAUUGGAAUAUUUAACCUUCCAGAAUAUCCACCAUGUUUCUGAUCUUCACAAAAGGAAAUAUUUUCAUUAUGCUGUAAGGUGGAUCCGAGAACUUGUACCUGUGACCACAAUCAAGAAGAGCCCACCUCUGUUAGCAUUUAAACCUCAUUCUGAAAAUGUACUUGUAGGUUGAGCAAACUCUCGUGCUAAAAUGCAUCAGUGAGCAGGGUUUAGUUUGAGUCCUGUACAUGUAUGAAAUAUAUUCAGAAUUAACCAGAAGUAAAGGGGAGCUACUUUUAAAAUUAAAACUAAAAAGAAGGAAGAUUCCAGACUUUUUUUUUUUCCAUCACAAAUCUAAGGAAGUUGUCGAUGAUCUCUAGGACUAGGUAGUCAUUUUUGUAGGGGUGCACUGAUUGCAGUGUUUUGGCCGAUUGUCAAUCUUUAAAAAGCCUGGCCUGCAGAAUCCAAUUUUGAUUGAUACCAACUUUUCGUCAGAAUUGUUGCUAAAUAUAGCAAGAAAGCUGCUGAGAUCGGCUUCACAUGAAAGUAUCAGAUGAUCACCAAUCUCUCAAAAUUGAGGAAAUCUGCACCAAUAAAUCAGCUGACCGAUAAAUCGGUGCACCCCUACGUUUUUGCGUUGUUUUUUUUAGACUUAAAAUCUAACUAUUGGUUUAAUGAAGGUUUGUCUUAGUAACAUUAACAAAUGUUUGAAUUUCAAUUAUGCUGGUAUUUUAUGAAAAAAUGUAAAAUAUACACAGCUGCCAACUAAAUUUUUAUCAAACUUUGUUUACCUCCUUCAGAUUAUGCCAAUGAUGCUCACUUCUUAAUCAUUUUCUGACAAAUUUGGUUUUCUUUGUUCUACAGAAACGCUCAGUAUAACAACUUGUGUUUCUACUUCUCUUAAACUUUACCCGUCUUUACAUUCUGUUAUUUAUCAUCUAACGGAUCAUAUUUAAAGAGAAUACCUCCCCUGAGAGAAUCAAGUGAUUCACUUUGCCCGUCUGUGUUCACCAUCAUUUCCAAAACUGUAAAUUUGUCAUGUUUCCAUUUCGUUCGUGACCUUGUAUCCUUUAUAUGUCCUCCUUUACGACUUUGAGUAAAGCAAUAUUCCUCAUAUGUUUAGCCUUCUCCAGAUGAAUGCUUUUUAAAAGUUCUAAUAUGUAUUUUGAAUAUUCCAGAUGCGGGACAUUUUGUGAAUUUUUGAUAUACGUAUAUGAAUGAUUAUUAUUCUUUUCACUGCCAUGACAAAGAUCUGUGAUCUUCUCUGCUUUGCAGUUUGUAUCGACCAUAACAAAUGAGCCACAUUUUUUGUUCUCCUUUUUUUUAAUAAUCUUAGUUAGUUUGUGCUUUAUUGCUCCUACACAGUGUAAAAUUUUAUUGCUAUAUUAUUACUGGUGUCGCCGAGUCGACUGCUUAGGAACAAAAUGCAGAUUUCAUAUGGAAACCUAUAGCCUUGAUAGCCUCUACAGAAUUUUUAUGCUAAAAAGAGAAUGUACAGACAAUCUUGUCACAAUCAGAAACUCUCUAUAGUGCUGAUCUCCCCAGUGGACAUUUUCCUAAGACGUCAUGGUUUUCCAGAAUUUGCUUUUAGUUUUUUUUAGUUUUUGUUGUUUUGUUUGAGAUGUGCAGGUUGAACUAAGUGCGAGUGCAAUGAGUGGUAGAGCCCUGAGGUGAUGCGCCACCACAUGACGGGCCGGGGUCACACAAACACUCCAGACUGCACACGCAUACAAACUAUCAUUUCUUAUGAUUUAUGACAAUCUUAAAGCAUUGUCCUGCUGUUACUUUUUUCAGAAUUGUAUGAAUUUGUGCUUGCACUUUACAGUGCUUUUAUUUUUGUAAACAUAAGGUCAGAAAGCUCUGAAGCGCAGUAGGGUCAUAGUCUACAGUAUUUUAAUUCACUCUUCACUUCUUUCCUGUUUAAAGGGAGCACAGAGAAAAUUGAGGAUUGUAUUUAGUUCAGUUUAAGUUCUUUCCCUAACUCACCCUACUGUUCUUUGUCAGGAUUGUGGAAAUUAGUUGCCUAAAAUAAUUGUGUAAACUCAUUGGAGUUGGCAGUCAGAAUAAAAGAUUUGAAGGACUUGAUUAUGUUUACACCAUUAAAUGUUUCCUUAAAUAAUGCAAUUUAAAAGCACUCUGCUAUUAAUACAGAUGCUGCAUUUUAAGAAAAUGUUAUUGUAUUUGUAAACAAGCUGAAAAUCAGUGAAAUACAUUAAAACACAACUAAUUCUCAAAGUUUUGUCCCAGAAGGAAUAUGCUGUUUUGUUUGAUUUAAACAGAAUAUAUGAUUAUACAACCUCACAUAUUCAAAACAAAACUUUUUUUUUUUUUUUUUGGUAUUUAAAAAGAGUAAUGUGUUGGGGCACAAUGAAUAUACAUUUCUUUUUAUUUAGUUUCCCUUGUUAUAAAUACCUCUGUAGAGAUUUAACAUGAAAUCUUCAUGUGAGGAAAAUGUAAAACCUGCAAGAGACAAACUUGUAUUUAUGCUAUUGCUGCCUGUCACAGUUUGUUCUGCAGUGAGCCUAAGACGAAAGACUGAUGUACUCUUACAGAGUGAUAUUGUCUUUCUGAUGGCUUAUUGUAAGUGAAUCACCUGAAAUAUUUUUGAGGUUUUUUUUUUCUUCGUCUAGUUUUAUUUCCAGUCUUUUUCUAUAUCAAACAAGUUUUAUUUUAUUACUGCAUUUUGAUGCUAAAGAGUCAUUACAAAAAAAGCUAUUUUGAAUCUGUUCAUGAUGGCUAUUAUGUAACUUGUCAAUGUGACUCUUGGAUGAAAUUAAAGACAAAGUGUUAAUAUGCA